GCGCUGCGGGCCGGCGGCUCGGCAUGGCGGAGCGCGGCCCGGGAGCGGGGAGCGGCAGCGCGGCACUGGCGCUGCGGGCGCGGCUAAGCUUCGCGGCCGGGCACUUCCUGAACGACCUGUGCGCCUCGUUGUGGUUCACCUACCUGCUGCUUUACCUGCACGCCGUGCUGGGCUACGGCCACCGCCUGGCCGGGGCCCUGCUGCUGGCCGGCCAAGUGGCCGACGGGCUCUGCACGCCGCUGCUCGGCUACGAGGCCGAUCGCUCCACCGGCUGCGGCCGCUACGGGCGGAGGAAGGCCUGGCACCUCGCCGGCACCACCUGUGUCCUCGUGUCCUUCCCCUUCAUCUUCAACCCCUGCCUGGGUUGCAAGGAAAACACACCAGAGUGGGCAGCCUUCAUCUACUACCUCCCCUUUAUCAUCAUCUUCCAGUUCGGCUGGGCAGCCACACAGAUCUCCCACCUGUCCCUCAUCCCAGAGCUGGUGACCAGUGAUCAUGAGAAGGUGGAACUCACAGCUUUCAGGUAUGCCUUCACCGUCAUGGCCAACAUCACUGUGUAUGGCCUAGCCUGGCUGCUGCUCAACUUCCAGGUGGAGCAGCCUGACCUCACAGAGCACCUUGGCAUCCAGGAUGUGCCCAUAUUUCGGAACCUGUCCCUCAUUGUGGUGGGGAUAGGGGCCGUGUUCUCCUUCAUCUUCCACCUGGGCACCAAGGAGAAGCUGUCCUCGCCAGGCUCGCUGCCCCAGACAGAGGAGAGCACGCCCCUGCUGCAGAACGACUCUACAGGCCCUGUGUGCCCGCUGCUGAUCUGGAAAGACUGGCUGCUGGAGCCUGCCUUCUACCAGGUGGCAGUGCUCUACAUGUCCACCCGUCUGAUUGUCAACCUGUCCCAGACCUACAUCACGAUGUACCUGACCAAUUCCCUGCUGCUGCCCAAGAAAUAUAUUGCCAGCAUCCCUCUCGUGAUGUACAUCAGUGGCUUCCUCUCCUCUUUCCUCAUGAAGCCUGUGAAUAAGUGGAUAGGUCGAAACAUGACCUACUUCAUGGGCAUCCUGGUGAUCCUGACCUUUGCCUCUUGGGUGACCCUGGUGAGGAAAAUGGGAUCGGAGAUCUACGGGGUGUCUGCUCUGCUUGGGGCUGGUUCUGCCACUAUCCUGGUCACCUCCCUCUCCAUGACAGCAGACCUCAUUGGCACCAACACGCACAGCGGUGCCUUCGUCUAUGGUGCCAUGAGCUUCACGGACAAGAUGGCCAACGGCUUGGCUGUGAUGGCCAUCCAGAACCUGCACCCAUGCCCGACUGAGCUCUGCUGCCCUGCCUGCAUCAGCUUCUACCACUGGGUGAUGGUGCUGGUCACUGGAGGUGUUGCCAUUGCUGCCGUUGUCUCUCUGUGCUGCAUCAUGGUCUGGCCUAUCCAAAUCCGCUACCAUGCAGUCUGCCUGCAGGGGCUGAGUGCGGAGCCAACCACCUACGGUGGGACAGAGAACGUGGAGGGAAGGAGCCCAAGCCGUGCCAUCAACUGAGCAGCCUGUCUGUGUCCACACUGCUGAGCUCUGCCUGGAGGGACCCCUCUGCAGGGGAUGGCACCGUGAUGGGGCACUGGGCUGGCAGGGAGCAGCCUCCUG